AGCCACGGAACCAACGGCACUGGGGCCGACGUCAUCGUCCGGUCUUUUCCUUCAGCGGGAUGUCACGGAGGGGACAUGCCCGAGGAGCAGUCGUGCUGGUGGCCAUUGGAGCGCUUACUCUAGGCCUGACGUGCUCGGCGUUCGUUCCUCCUGCACACCAGACCAGCCAACCCAGGCUUCAGACGCUUCCUGCCGCGCAAAAGACGUCUGCACUGGCUCUGGCGGGCCUCGUUCCGUUGGCCUUGGCGCCGGAUGCCAGCGUAGCUCAGGGAUGGGAAAUGGCCGUCGUGGGUCCCCUGGGCUUGAUCAACGCAGGGUUGAACCUCUUCAAGACUGCCUUGGGCAUCUAUGCUUUGAUGAGCUGGUUGUUCGCCUUCGGCAUCAUCGACUUCCGAAAUGAAAUCGUCCAGAAGAUUCAGGGCGUCUUGUCCUCCAUCAUCGAUCCUGUCUUGGCGCCCCUGCGGGGCAUCAUUCCUCCGCUUGCAGGUUUUGACAUCUCUUUCAUGGUUCUGUGGUUUGUCAUUGAGCAAGCGCAAGCUGCGGCUGUGACCAUCAUGUUCGGAGCUGCCACCUACGGCAACUACUAUUACUGAGAAUUUUCCGCGAGUAGGGUCACAAGAGAGGACCAACGCAUCGUCGGUACCACGCGUUGUGUCGACAUUCAACUUUUAAGCUUUGGCUGAGUGGGGAUUGUUGGAAUUCUCCACUUUGCCACGCUGUUUUCUGUGUGCGCGAGAAAACAGCGCUCACUGAAUGGAUGUAGUGACUAUCCUUUGGUGAGGUGUUCAAGGCGCUGUGAGCCUUC